AUGUUCCGCUUGACGGAUAAGGCUGAGAAAGACGAUGACGGUCCUACGACAGGAGCAAUAAACCUCAUCGUGCAGAUACCCUUGACAGGCGGGGGUGGUCAGUACAUUGCAGCUGAUAUGCUGGAUGGUGACGUGCUACCGCUGCUGUAUCUUACUGGCGUUUCUUUUGAAUGGGCGGUUGGGAGAAGCUCUCAACUAGGUUUGGAAUUUUGGAUGGUUCCGUGUGAGACGGGCACUAUGGUCGUCCAUGUCGGACGUGAGCAACCUUGUUGGAUCUGUGGGAGCCGCGAUGUAAGCAUCAUAGAUGUCUUAGAUUCCAGCGGGGUAACGAAGCUGGCUAAAGAGGCGAAAAAGUGCCGUUGCUUCGUGAUGUGA